AAGCCCUUCAUUGUGAUUGGAGCAUUCCUUGACUUUGACGACUGCCAGCACUUUUCCCGCGUGCAUGCUUUGCUAAAAUUUGCGAAAAUUGUUGUGCAGCGAUGGAGAAGAAGGUCAAGAAAACCUCCAAAACGUCUCACAGCCCGACGGAUCAACUGAGUAAACCGGAUGUCAAUAGUGUAAUGCUUGCAAUCAACCUUGUGCCAUCGAAGAUCGAAGAUGCUGGGCUUGAACAACACGAAGCCAAGGAGUUGAUCAAAGAGAAUGCGCCGAACCUCAGGUCCUUGAUAUUCGGCGAAGAAGAGAUUGUUCGUGCCAAGGAAGGGAGCCCUUCCUCGAAAAUAAUCGCUGCAGUUGGAUCAGAAGAGAAAAUUUAUUCCAUUGGAAACUGUGGGCUUUUUGGGGCCGUCUUCACCGCCUACAACAAUCACUGGAAGCUGAGAACUUCGCCAGAUGACUGGUGGUUCAGCGUGAUCAAACGUGUUGCCUGCGCCAUAGAGACCAACGCAGAGAAAACGUCCGUGCGGACGAUGUUUGUUAAUCAUGAAGGCAAAAAAGAGAUUGAGGUGCAAGUGAGCGAUCCCACUAUUUACACAGUCGAUUACAGCAGGUUCUUUGACGAGAUAGCAAAGAAAAUUGAAGAUAAUGUCAGGGUUCCCGAGUUCAUAAAUGGCAUGACAGCCGAUUUCAGCACCACAACUCCAGUGCAAAAGAUUGUUUCUCAGAUUACAUUGAUGUACUCUCUGAAAGAGUAUUUUUAUUAUAGCUUGAGAGCUGGCUGUGGAAUUCCGGCGGUGGAGAUGCUUGGAAGUGAAGACGAUUGGAAGAAGUUGUCAUCCAAGUUAAAGGUGCUCCGAACGCUUCUGGAGCCCAUUGAGAAUGACCUUGGCCUGAGGUCAGAGUGGUGGAAUGUGGUUAAGACAGUGUUCAGCAAAUUGCUGGACACGUAUCAAGGAAGACCAGAUAGGAAAUGGUGGAGCCACAUUGUCACUUACGAGAAUGAAAAUGGUUCGGGCAUGAUUAUACAGGGCAGUUACAUUUACAGAGGAUGGAUAACAGAGUUUGUGGAGGGGCCAAUGAAAGUAAGGUUUAAUUUGAGGAUCAGUGAUAUGACCAAGGGACUAGUCAGCGUACCUAUCACCCUCAAAGAUUCCACCGGUCUGGUCACGGAUAGUGCGGUACUUGUGGCUGGAAUGCUGGGAUUUACCCUGCACCAGAGUUCAAAUACAGAUGAUGUGUCUGUGCAACCAUUCCAAGGCUGGUCUCUGAUGAUAUCAGAAAAUUCACCAUUUCGUCGUCACCGAGACAUUUAAUAAAACAAGUAUAAAAGCUAGGCCACAUACAUUUUUCUGUAUGAUAAAGUGGCUAACUGGCAGUGUUUCGAGCAACAUGUGGAAUUUACUGUGAAGACUGAGUUUGCUGAGGAGUAUGUUUAAUCACUAGUUCUGGAAGGGACUGUAAAUUUGUUUUCCAAGCUUGAAUCUCACUGGGGUUUUCUAAGUUGAACAGCAUGUAAGUUGAGGGAAGAAGUAAGUUUCUUGGUGAGCUACUCCGGUCUCCUGCUGACAGUACUUUUAAGAAACUUUUUGACUGGGCUGCAGCUGAAGGACUUAUUGAUAUGUGAUUUGAAAGCAAUUCUCAACUUUAUUGGUAAUGGCCAAAGACAAAAAUGUUAGUGGUUUGUUGUCAGUUCCAUUUUUACAUGGCAAGCAACUAUUGCAAAAGUUUACAAGAGUAUCCUUGAGGUACAAAACAAAAACGAAACAAAACAGAAAAGGAACUAAAAAACCUCAAUGCAGAUUGGGGCUACAAGCCUAUGAAACAAAAAACUUCAUUAAAUGAUCAGUGAAUGAUUGUGGUGAGAGCAUCAAAGCUUCCUUUCAGCCAACAUAAUUUUAUGCAACAAAAGUUUGUUUUAAGGGUAUUUAAUGAAUGUUUAACUACUCUGUUAACGUGUUUUAACACUAUCAUGAGAAGCAGUUUUCAAUCACCAAAGUGCAAGAUUUUGACAAUUUAUAAGUACCAGGACCGUUAUUGUAUUGAGUACUUUAAUAGGCUGCAUUAACUAUUGUCUGUUUAUUGUUCAUGUUACAUUUUAUCC